GAUUAUCUCUCUAAAUUCGGCCCUCUUCCGCUUUCAACAUAAGCUCAAUACGAUGUCAGCCGACAGCUGGAUGACGGAGAGGGCUAAGGAGGAGCUGAAGAGUCUGGAAGCUCGUCAUCCAUCACGAUUCGAUUACCUAAAGCUCGAACUCCAAUCCCUAAUCUCCGAUUACGAUCUCAAUCCUUCUUUCCCCGAUCUCAUCUCCUCCUCCUCCCCCGGCACGCAAGUGUCGUCGAAUCGGAAGAGGAGAAGAGGGGACUUGUGCGAUGAGGAUUUAGGGUUUGGGUUGGAGAAGAAGAAGAUGAAGUGGUUGCCGGAAGAUAGGGCGGAGGUGGCUAUCGAGAGGGCGAAGGCUUGCCUUAGGAGGCUUCAGCUGGUUAAGGAGAGUUUUCUCCAAUAGUUCUAUCUUCUCUUUCUUCGGUUGGUAAUUUGACAGUGAGGAAGAUUAAGGAGCAGGGAAGGAGACGAAGCUGUACUGUAAGAUGUUUUUUUUGUGGGCCUUUUUUGCGGAUUUUUUGAUGUACAAUGAAUAGGCUUUGUGGGCUUAAGAUUAUUUUGACCGACCCACAAAGACCUCUGUUGGCCCAUUUGCUAAGUAGAAGCAACUAUAUACCGCUAUAGUGGAAGGAAAAACAAAACAUUUUGGAGUA